GAUCUGAAGUAGAGCGGUAGCUGUGCCAGCGGUGGGUGUGUUUCCACGUCCGAACACGUAAAAUCUCCUUCUCCUUUCGCCGUCUCACCAGCCGUCCCAGCCGACGGGUUUCACACUUGAAAAUGUUUGUCUUAUCCGGCUCGCCAGUCGGUGUUUCGUCUCACAGCUGCAAUGCCCACGCAGAGGAACCCCUUGGACACUAAGCACUCAUUGCAGAUUCUCCAAAUGGAGCCCAAAGGGAUCCCAUCGAACAGUUCGAACCAGCAACUCGUCAGCGGCGACGAGAGCGACGGUUACCCGAGCGACAGCAGCCCUUCGCCCCGUCUGCAAAUCAGAGUUUCCCGGACAGAAUGGGUCACCGUGGCCAUCCUGUGCUUCGUCAACCUCAUCAAUUACAUGGACAGAUUCACCGUGGCAGGUGUGCUGGAGGACAUCCAAAAAGACUUUGGCAUCGGUGACGACAAAGGAGGCCUACUGCAGACAGUCUUUGUCAUCAGCUACAUGGUGUUCGCGCCUCUCUUCGGCUACUAUGGUGACCGCUACAGCCGCCGAGCCAUCAUGGCAUUUGGGGUCUUCUUGUGGGGCCUCACCACGCUUUUGGGUUCGUUCAUGCAGGACUAUCAUUGGUUCCUGCUGAUGCGAGGUUUAGUGGGCAUAGGCGAGGCCAGCUACUCGACCAUUGCACCCACCAUCAUCAGUGACCUCUUCGUCAAUGACAUGCGGUCGAAAAUGCUCGCUCUUUUCUACUUUGCCAUCCCUGUAGGCAGCGGGCUGGGCUACAUCAUUGGAUCGGAGACUGCCCGUUUUGGUGGAAGCUGGCACUGGGGCCUUCGAGUGACCCCUGUGCUGGGAAUAAUUGCAGUUCUUCUCAUUCUCUUUGUAAUGCACGACCCUGAACGAGGUGAGGCUGAAGGUCACACUCAGCUCCAACACACCGACUACGCAACCGAUGUCAAAGAUCUCUUGAGCAAUCGCAGUUUUAUGUGGUCCACUCUUGGUUUCACCUGUGUUGCAUUUGUGGCCGGCGCUCUUUCAUGGUGGGGACCAAUUUUCAUCCUCAACGGAUUGCAACUCCAGCCUGGAAUGGAGAACUUAAAGUUGGCAGAUGUUUCCCUCAAGUUUGGUAUAAUAACCAUGGUGUCGGGUAUCGUGGGAGUACCCUUAGGUGCAACACUGGCCCAGAAACUUCGAGUCAACUAUCCUAGAGCAGACCCAUUGAUCUGCGCAGCUGGUCUGCUGAUCAGCGCUCCUCUCCUCUUCUUUGCUUCCAUCACUGUCACUAAAAACGCUGUCCUUUGCUACAUUCUCAUCUUCCUUGGAGAGGUUGCGCUCAACUUAAACUGGUCCAUCGUGGCCGAUAUUUUAUUGUAUGUUGUCGUGCCAACUAGAAGAUCAACCGCCGAAGCAUUCCAGAUCCUGCUUUCUCAUGCACUGGGUGACGCAGGCAGUCCAUAUCUUGUUGGUCUUCUGUCUGAGUACCUAAAGACAGUUCUACCUAACACAGUAGACUCUGGCAUUAUAGCCGCAAACGUCACUGCGGCUGCUGGUUUAAUUGACGAAGUCAGCCCUGAAGUAAAGUUCCACAGUCUACAAUAUGCCCUUUUUACGACUAAUUUUGUGGAGAUCAUUGGUGGGCUCUUCUUUGUUCUGACGGCUCUCUACAUUGUAGCCGACAAACGGAAAGCAGAUGUUGCAGCGACAGGCAAGUCCAUCUCACGCGCCCACAUCCUUUGAUUCGAAAGAACUGAGCAAGGAAUAACUAACAUUUAUGCUGACGAAGCAGAAACAACACAACAGAGAAUAAACAACCUCAGCUAGGAACAGGGCUGUGUAGUUUUGACUGAUUUUGAUCUUACAUAGUUUGUGCUCGGCAGCUGUUCAUUACACAGUUGAAGCAGUACUUGCAAAGACUGUUGUUCUCUGUUAAAAGUUGCUGUGCCCGAAUGAGGUGGAAGCACAGAUGUGCUGUUUCGUAAGGCUGUUCAAUUCAAUUACGGUUGUUUUCAAUUUCAUGCAGGUGCCUAUAUGUAUCGUCUUUUGUGUACAUAAUAAUGCAUUAUUUAUCAUCACAUCAUUGCUAGCAGCAAAAUUAGCAAGCUACUAGGUUCCUAUAAUGUUGGUUUCAUUUUGGAACUUGAAAGCAGUUUAUUAUUUGAAUGUUGAGUCGUGUAUAAUUUUAGUUGAGCAAAGACUAUUUGAUUAGUUUAUUUGCAUUUGAUACUUAUCAAACAAAGCCUGCUCCUUAUAUACUCUUGAUUCAUAAGUUUGCUCAAAACCUCAAAUUUUACAUUUUAGUUUUUAAAGGGACCCAUUCACCAAGCUUAUUCAGAAAGUCAUCUUGCGAAGACUGAUUCAUUUCAAAAUUUUACCAUGUCCUUCACCUAUUUUAAUACCAAUAUUCCUUGUCGAGUCCUUUCGGAUCAAUGUUGACAGACUGAAGCAACGUUCAAGAAAGUGGUCUGUUCUUCAAUAAAUGAAAAAUUGCAAUUUGGAACGACUUAUACUGUAAAAUUUUGCUUGGUCGUAUCUAAAUGUUCUAAAACUGAAUAUUCUGCACGUGUUGAAAUUUGUGUUGUAUAUAAUAAAUGGAGCAUGAAUAUAGUAUCAAAUUGAAAAAAAGAAUUU